AUGGGCGGUGAUACGCGACCACCUGCUACAGACUUGCGAGCUAGGAAGCCGCCUAGCCGCCAGUCACGCUCUUGUAAGGUCUGCCGGCUCCGGAAAGUCAAGUGCGACCGAGUCAAGCCUUGCCACGCCUGCUGCGCCCAUGGGUAUCCCUCGAAAUGCUUCUACGAGAGGAUUCCCGAUGAGGACGCCCAGCCUAUUAGCCAGGCGGAGGAAAUUCGGAAAUUGAGGGCCGAGAUUCGCGAUCUGAGGGCGCGUAUAGAUGAGAGGCAGGAUGGAUCUCGGACCCAAGAUCUCCAGCGGCUGGACCAGCUCGAGAGUUUAUUUGAGUCUAUUCGCUCGGCCCCGCCUCGCGUGGUCGACUCGCUCGUUCGGGACAUCCGAGCAGUACAUGGGGUCCUGAAAAACGACCUGACGGUUGUAGGGCCGUGGGAGGGUCAUGAAGCAUAUGAAAAUUAUGGCAGACAGUCGCGUGGCUCUUCCGUAUCCACUCUUCCGGUCCGCAAGCGCAUUUCUAACGCGGAGACCGAAGUCAAUUUCAACGAUCCAGUUGAACUCGAUGACGACGAUGAUGAAUUGUUGGACAGCGGGUCGGAGUCCACAUCGUCAUCCGGCACAAUUACCGUAAUGAGCAUGCAGCGGCCUGUGAUCGAUGCCUUCGUUGAGCGGUUUGUUGAUGCAUUCGCUCCGGAGGUUGACAUUAAAUCUGGCCGUGCGGGUGCACUGCGGGCGGCAGCGGGGAUUCGAAUGUUCUCGCCUUUGAUUUCAGACGCGUAUGAAGCAGUCUCCGUUGCCUUUUUUGGUAGAUCCAUUCAGAGUAAGCAGAUCGAGGCGUCGGGCUUCCGGUUGUAUCCUCGUGUGCUACGUAGCUUGCAGGAUGCUCUGAAUGACCCCGAACGCUGCAAGGCCGAAUCAACGCUGGUAACGGUGGUUCUUCUGCUUGCAUUUGAGAGUGUGGAGCGCACGACACAAAGUGGUGUCUCGGCUCAUGUUCGGGGCGCAGUGCGCCUUAUUGAGCACCGUGGACCGGAGAACCAUAUGUACGGAGUCGAGCAUCUCAUGUUCACGGAGCUACGGCCGUACUGGAUUGGUGGAGCAAUCGCAGCUAGGAAGCCAUCAUUCUUUGCCCGAGAGGAGUGGAAGACUAUUCCAUGGUCGGCCGGCACAACCACCAAAGAUAUCUUGCAUCACCUUCUCGACCUUGCCGCAGAUAUUCCUGGCCUACUGGCCCAGUCUGACUCAUUCCUAGAAAAGCACAAGGUCUCGGUGAUGGGCGCACAGGAAAUGGCCGUGAAGCAGGCGACCCUGUGGAACGGCAUCACCGAGCUCACGGGCAAAUUCCAUCAAUGGGUCAUUGAUUGGGUCGAGUCCUAUCCGGACGGAGCUCCUAGAGAAGAGGAGCAGACCGAAGACCAAGGUUUCCCCAUCUUCCAACGGCGGGACCUACGCACCGGUGCCACCUUCAUUCCCACAAAACUCUCCUAUCCUAACCUUCUGCUUGCACAAACCAUGUGCCUCUACUACGCAUUCCGACUUAUUCUCUCCUCCGUUGAUAAGCGCCCGGUAGACCGGGUCACCCCUAUGGAGCAGUACGAUUUGGGAUGCGGUAUCUGUCGGUCCUUGGAAUGGUAUAUUCUUACCGCUCCAGGCAACAUGAUCAACCGCCUGGCCUUCCCAACACGUGUAGCUUGGGAAGCAUUUCCAGAUGGCGGCCCGGAGCGAGCGUUCCUGGUCGAGGUACUUCAGCUUGUCGAGAAACGGCAUGCCCUUGGUCUUUGGGGUAGUGCCAUGCCGGAGCUCUCGGUUCGUGAGAAUUCCCCGAUGAACAACGAAUGA